AUGGAAACAAGAACCGCGGCUUCUGCCCUUAAGUAAGCAAACGGCUGCUUCUUGCCUUUACACUAAAGACUUCUGCAUUAACCCCCCGACCUCGCUGCGAGGAAGGAGCUCUAUUGCUCGUCGCUUGCAGCAGCUGCCUCUCUGGGGGCUCGCGAAGCCACACCGAGGGUCGCCUUAAGCCAUAGAGCAGGCCCGCUAGGCCUGUCUUUGCGUUGCUUAGCAACCGCUCUCCCAGGCGCGCGUUCUCCGAAAAAAAGAUUCCGUGUCCCUUCUUCCACAACACUUUGGUUCCGGCUUGAGUGCCGAAUUCCGCGUACGCUGCAACGCGGUGGCCCGUUUAUAAAGCGGAGUCCUUCCCGGUGACUUGACCCGCCUCUCCAACUCGAGGAAGAAAAAGGAAGACUCCGCGGCCCACUGCAACACAUGUAUUUGCGUAGCAGGUCAAGGAUCUUACUUGAACUUAAGAUGUCUUUAUCUGCAACUGUGGUUUUAAGAGGAGACCAAGAAAGCCACCAAGGAACAAAAAGAAAAAACGAAUGUGUAAAAAGUCCAGAUUCACAGACUAUGUCCAUGCUGCAAGAAACCCCAUUUCAGAACUUGCAUUUGGCUUCUCAGGCAGUUCUUGAAAGAGCCCAAAAACAAGGGCGAUCAAAGUGUCCCAAAUGUAAUAGUUCAAGGAUGUUCUACUGUUACACAUGCUACGUUCCAGUUGAGGCUGUGCCUACAAGAGAAAUUCCUGUUGUAAAGCUUCCUGUGAAGAUCGACAUCAUUAAACAUCCCAACGAAACAGAUGGCAAAAGCACAGCUGUACACGCUAAACUCCUGGCCCCUGAUGAUGUCGCUAUUUACACCUAUCCUUGUAUUCCAGAUUAUGAAGAAAUGAAACACCAAAUUGCACUUAUCUUUCCCGGAUCCAAUUCAGUUUCUAUAAGCGACAUUCCCCUCUCUUUGCUAAACAAACUGGAAAAGAAAGCAGGUUGUAAACAAGACAAUGAUUUGCCGGUGGAACCAGUUCUCAAGUAUGCAAAAGUAGACCCAGCUGGCAACAGCGACUUUGGCGAAUUCACCUCUCACAGCACAGCCAGAUAUAUGGGGCUCAAGAAAAUCGUAUUUGUUGACAGUACCUGGAAUCAGACCAAGAAAAUAAUCACAGAUGAGCGACUCCAAGCGUUGCUACAAAUCGAACUGAAAUCGAGGAAAACCUGCUUUUGGCGUCAUCAGAAAGGAAAGCCGGAUACGUACCUGUCUACCAUCGAAGCCAUUUAUUACUUUUUAGUAGACUACCACAGGGAACUCUUGAAAGAAAAAUAUGAAGGACAGUAUGACAAUUUGCUUUUCUUCUACACAUUUAUGUACAGAUUGAUCCAAAAUGCCCGGAGUUCUGCCAGCAAAGAAGGCAAGGAUAUUUAGGGCAAAAGCUGAAGUCCUCGUUGCCCUUGGUUCUUUUAGAGGUUGCAAUGACAGGAAUGGAGCAGGAGAGGACAGAAGACUUUUCAAAAGCCCUGUCCUUUGACUCCAAGCUCCUCGUAUGGUGCCGCAGCCAAAUUUCCUUUGGAGUCUCUCUCUCUCUCUCUCCAAGCAAAAGCCUGCAAAACCUAUAAAAUAUUUUCAGGAGUAUAAUGAGCAACAAGGGAUGCCAGUUUGAAACCUCUUUUCUUAAUCAUAGUAAAAUUUACUUCAGCUGUUUCACGGUAUUAGAACUUCGCUAGCAAAGAUGACCUCACUUUGGUGAUGUCACUGACUUAACUGAAACACCAUUUUCAUUAGACAUUUUUAAAAAAACUAUAUCCAGACGAAUGCAUUCGGGAGGAUGCCAAUAGUAAACAUGUUUGUGUUUAAGCUGUAAAA